AAGAGAGAGAAAGCUUUGGAUUGCAGCAGUAGGAUAGAGACAAAGAGAGAGAGAUACGAGAAAUGGGUAAACAGUGCAUUUAGUGGUCUCUCCUCUUCUUCCUCCUCCUCUUCAGCCCCUACUUCUUUUACCACUUAAAUUCAAAGCUUUUUCUUUUGAGGACACGAUCCGGUUCUGCCGCAGCUCUCUCACGGCGGCCCUCAACCUCCCAACCACCGCAAAACCCCCCACGCCGCCGCGUUCUUGAAUCUCCGGUAAAUGGAGGAUCAGUAUGGAAUGGCGGAUCUAAGGAACUUCAUCAACAACCGCCCACUUUUCACUUCCACUCCCCACCCACACCCGCCGGAAUUCCUAUCCCCCCACCACCGGAAUCUCCCGCCGCCGCCGCCGCCGUCGUCGCAUCACCCCUACGAGCUUGUCAUGCCGCCGGUGCCCCGCGCCUUCCACCACGACUUCCUCCCCGACUCCAGCGCCAACAACGCCGCCGCCACCACCACCGCCAGCGUCAUCACUGGCGGUGGCGCGUCCAGCUCCGCCUUCAGCGGCCUGGACAUCGACGCCGCCGCCGCCGGCGGCCUCGGCUUCGACGGCGGAAACGGCCGCUGGCCUCGCCAAGAGACCCUCACCCUCCUUGAGAUCCGAUCAAGACUCGAUUCCAAGUUCAAAGAAGCCAAUCAAAAAGGCCCCCUCUGGGAUGAAGUCUCCAGGAUUAUGUGCGAGGAACACGGGUAUCAGCGGAGCGGGAAGAAGUGCAGGGAGAAGUUCGAGAAUUUGUACAAGUAUUACAAGAAGACCAAGGAGGGGAAAGCGGGGAGACAAGACGGGAAACAUUAUAGAUUUUUCCGACAGCUCGAGGCUCUCUACGGCGAACCCAGCAAUUCCGGUUCCGUGUCGGAAACCCACCACGCCCAAUCCAAUUUUCCUUACACCAACGCCGCCGUGGCGGCCAAUAACACCGCCCAAGACCCCGCCGCAGCCGCCUUUCUUCACGACUCAAAGGUGUCCGACAGCCUCAGCCUGUCGAAUUCCUCGGACUACGACACGACAUCCUCGGACGACCCCGACAGCGAUCACGGCGCGAUGGCGAGCAAGAAGAGGAAGGGGAAAGGGCGGUGGAAGGCGAAGAUUAAGGAUUUCAUUGACGGGCAAAUGAGGAAAUUAAUGGAGAAACAAGAAGCGUGGUUGGAUAAAAUAAUGAAGACGAUUGAGCACAAAGAAGAAGAGAGGAUGUUAAGGGAAGAAGAAUGGCGAAAACAGGAAGCUUCUAGAAUGGAAAGGGAGCAGAAAUUCUGGGCAAAUGAGAGAGCUUGGAUCGAAGCUCGAGAUUCUGCUUUAAUGGAGGCUUUACAUAAAGUAACCGGCAAUGAAUGUAACAAGAAAAGAAAAGACGACGACGAAAACAACAACAACCUAGGAAUCUGCUACUCUUUCCAGAACAACAACAAUGGAGCCUCAUACUGCCCAGAAAAUCAACCCAUCAACCCGGCCAUCAAUGAUAGCUGUUUUAGGCUUCUGAUGGGGGACAAUGCAGAAAAUUUAUGGGAGAAUUAUGGGUUGAAACUCAGCAAGGGAGGUGGAGAUGAUGGAAAAUAAAGUUAUAUUGUUAUUAUUAUUACCAGACAACAAUAAUGAUAAGUUUAAGGAUAAGGCUAAGGCUAAGGUUGCACAGUCUGUAAAAUAUUUCUCAGGAUUGAUUAUUCAUCAGGCUUGAGAGGGUAUUGUAAGAGUAGCUGAUGAUGAUGAUCAGAAGAGGUCAGGAGAUGGCUAGAAAGGAAGGUAAGUUGCAUUGGUUUAGCUAUAAGUGCUGGCUUUUUCUUCAUAGGCAGACAAAAAAACAUUAUGGGAUUUGUGUUUUAUUAAGCUAAGGUUGCUCCUAACAUGAAUGCAACAUCUUCUAGGCUGGACUACUUCUCAACUUUAAUAAAUUGUUUUUAUUUGUUCUUCACUUCA